GAUAGCAACAUAAACGACAAGACCCUGUUGGCAGACGAAGAGGCACUAGGAACCUCCCUCGGCACUGUCCUGGCACUGGGGUUGUGGCAGCGAGUGGCGGAAGAGACCGAACGUGCGUGCAUCCUCCGUGCCUUCUGUUCCGCUUCUGAAACCGCCGCUCGGAAUUCGUCUGUCGGUGACUCUGCCAGCGCUGUGACGUCAUUUCUGAGUCGCAGGUUGGGAAGCUGGUUAGUCCGACGAGGCGACUUGCCGGUGGACGCAGCGGACAUCGCCACAUCCAUCAUCCUUGGCAAAGAGAAGACUGUCCCUUGCUCCUCCUUGUAUCCUUGCGCCCGCCCUGGACCGAGGCUUUGGUGGUGAAGCUGUGGAUAUUCUUUAUAGAAUUUUGAGGGGAAGCUGUGGCUAUUCUUUUAAGAAUUUUGAGUUUUUUUUUUUUUUUCCUCUGUUUUAGGAGGAGGAUAGAGGAAAACGGGAACAUUUUUGGAAUGUGGUGGUAAAGUAGGAGAGAGAAACAUUGUUUUGCUUGUUUUCUCGUUUUCGUGUGUGAGUUUAAUAAGAGGAAGGGAAAGGAAAAGGAAGCGUGAAUAAGGCUUGUAUCUCGCUCUUCACUGAACCAUUUUCUUUAUUUCAUCGCGAGAGCAUAAGUGCAAAUAAGUAACAUGUGUGCACGAACUUAUACGUAUUUCAUAUUGGCCAUCUUAGCCUGGUCGGUGUCGGCCUACCUCACAGAGCGUGGCCGAAGUGCUCUCCCGCUCACUGUCCCCCAUAAUAAUUCCCUCUUCCACGAAAUGAAUAUAAAAAUUGAGACAUUAGGAGCAACAUUUACAAAUUCGACCUUCGCUACCCGCCACGGGAUGGUAGAGACUGAAGGAAAAAGACAGAUUUCCGGAACACCAAAGUCUGGCAGCGGAUCAGCGCCGCCUCGCCGAACCGCGGGGCAGCUGGCGGAGGGCGUGACGGACCUCAAUGUUGCCGGUGAUCGCGUCGUUCGCCAAAAGAGGCCUCGAAGGAGCGGCGUCCCCUGGUGGCCCCUCCUCUACCCCCCCUCCACCACCACCCCUGAGCCCCCUCCCCUCGACCCCCUGGAGUACGUGCUCCGUCGACGCCACCAGGAGAAGCAGCAGAGGCGGGGACACUACGCCGAGAACAGGAGGGGGAGUGGCAAGGAGAAAAAUAAGAAAAAAGUCCAGCGCGUGACCUUCAUGGUGCCGAGCCAGAGCGACGAGGACACCGCCGUUUGCGCGCCGUCUUCGGGCAUCCAAGCCUUCACUCUCCUCAACUUCCUUGUCGCAGCGGGGUCCUUAACUACGAACAUCCUCAACAACAACAACAAUAACAAUAAUAACAACAACAACAAUAAUAACAAUCAGAAUAACGUCAAUGUUAAUAAUAACAAUAACAAUGCGAAUAAUGUAAACAAUAUCAACUUCAACCAGAUGGGAAGGAGGAGGCGUGGGGUGACUGCCAGCCACAGGGAGGGGAGGCUCCCGGCCGUCGGCCUGGCACACGCCCCCGAUGCCUGGGGAGCCGCCGCCUCCCCGUCCAACAAAACCGCCUCCGGGCAACCCACCUCGACCGCGGGUUCCUGCAAGGGCGACCCCCCCGAAGACCAGGUCCGCAUGGCUCUCCUAUUGGCCUUCGACCUCGCGCAGGCGGCGCUGGACGAAUUUUCAGACAUCCUCCAGGCUAAGAAACCUCUUCGGAACAAUGGUGUGGAGGACGGCAGGAUUCUCAUAAGCUCUGGGAACAAAGGGACGUCCCGGAGGCUUGAAGUCGCCGUCGAGGUCCUUCGUCAGUAUGCCUGUCACACCCUCAGAUUGGCCAAGAGGUCGGGCGAAGUGGCGGAGGUGGUUCUGCAGGAGCUGAGUUUAAUUGUCCUUGGUUACAUCGACGAAGGUCUCCCGCCUCUGAUUCUGCAAGACCUUGAUUGUCUCACCUGACGCUAAGAAACAUGUCUGGGUCAUGUUCGUACAUCUGCCUUAGAAUAUACUCUUGUUAUAGCAAUGCUUUAAUCACAAAUCUAAUCAUAUAAUGAUAAUCGUCAUGACCUCUUAUGGCUCCUUAGUCAAUAGUAUACUGUGAAAGCUAUCAACGAGUUUACAACGUGAAAAAGAUGUUUUAAAUUGAUGUGUUCGAAUUAUGUUAGGAAUAUGUUCUGCUGUUCAUUUAAGACAACGUAUGUUAAUUCCCACUGAACGUAUAGAAAAUCAUCUCAUAUGAAAAAACUAUUAUUAUGUUAAUAAUAUUUGUUGUUUUGAUAAGGCUGAUUUACAUCAUUUUUCCUUCUUAUUAAAGACUUUGCUGUUGCAGAAGAAUACUGAAAUGAUCUGGAAAUUACUUUUGAGGGAAAUUAUCAUAAUGUCGCCGUUGUUAUUAUUCAUCCUUAUUUAUUUAUUGUUAUUAUUUAUCUUAUUUAUCCUUAUUUAUCAUUGUCACUGCCAUCAACUGCAAUGUGCUGACAAGAUGUUUAAUGUGGAAUCUUUUCUUAUCAGGGCAAUUAAUGUAAAAACAUUAUUAUCGUUAUAAUAUGCAAUCUAUCAUAGCAUCAUUGUCUACUAUAA